CUGCGGCGCCGUUUUCCAUUCAACGUUCAGCGCUCAACGCGACUACAUCUAAACAUCUCGGUAUCUUCGGUCGAUCUUUACGGGAAAGCUCUUCUCUUCGCGGUGCUCUAAAGAUAAGUGGGUGGAAGAAUUCGAGUGCGAGUUUUGUUGCAACGAAUCUUGAUCGCUGCUCGUUACGGAUAGUGGUUCGCAGUAACUCUCGAGCUUUACAAGAUAUUGUGUUUUUUUUCUACGAAUUAAAGUCGGAAAUUUGGGGCAGAACGUCCGCAGCGAACGGUUCAACGACACGGUGAUCUUGAUCUAGAAGGCUGUGAUUUGCUCAGAAGUAGUCUGUGCGUACCUGGAAUUGAUCUGUGUGCACUGCGAUUGAUCUGAGCGAUCUUCUUAAGAUAAUUAAAUCCAACGGAGUUGGAUAGUUGCUUGUGGUCCGGACAGAAAGCCCCCCGUGCGAAUACCAACUUCAUAAGGCAGAAGAAGAUACACUUAAGUGCUAGAGAGACCAAUUAACACUACCCGCCGCAAACAGAAGAAUCGAUCGGGACCACAGGCUCCGGCAGGAAAGUCGGUCAUUUGUGCAUAUAUUCGGGUGGAAAGCAAGUCGCGUGAAGUGAAAACAGGUACAAUAUGUUCGGUGCCAAGGCGCGAAGAAAUAUGGCCAUUAUCCUACUGCUGGUGGUCGUGUUGGCCACCGUUUGCGACGCCCGCAGGAGGUAUGGCAGGAGGAAACAUCACGUGCCAUCACGGAAAACUCUGAAGCAGCUGGAGUACGAGGCCCGUGAAACCAAUACUCCCAAUUUCGUGCGGUUGGUGCUCAUGCGACUGGUGUACGGAAUUGCGACCCAGAUGGGCAUCGAAGAUCGGCUGGAUGAUGCUUUCGGCGGGGCGUUCGUUCCGCCGAAUGCAAUCGAGGAAAGCGACGAUUAUCUGGACGUCUUCAGCGACGAAGGUGACGGAGAUUACGGCCUGUAAAGCACUCCGAAUGCAAAAUGUACUUAAGUUACUUCACCGUAGGUUAAGAUUUUAACGUGUCGAAGGUGCAAACGAACUGCAUUUUGCGGAUAACUCACCAAUGGGGUGAAGACUCUACACCACAUUGCAACGAGCGACGUAUGUUUGUUUUAUAGUUUGAAUGAGUGAAAAUGUGUAGGACACUAAUGAUGACAACGACAAUGAUUACGACAACCGAAAGUACACGCAACGGAGUACGAACGAUGUAGAAGUAAUUAGCAUUAAACUGAUAAACGUGGUGUCACACCACCCCCUUCGGAGUAAAAGCAAUCCACAUCAAACGCAAAACAGCGAAAAUUGCGGCAAAUUUGUGCAAUAUGCAGCAUACUAAAAGCUGUAUAAUUUAAUACGUCGAACCUCAAGAAACAGUUGAUUAACAGAAAAGUCAGUUGAUGAAAGCGUCAAUUUUCCAACAGACAUGAGAAAUUCCUCAAACGAAACAAUCAUCAAUCCCAACAAAUUAAUUAUCCAAUAUCGCUCACUAACAAAGUGAUAACAAAACAAGAAAUAAUCAUUUCUCCACGAAUACCAAAAAAAGAAAGCAAAAGCGUCAUCGUGAAAGAUAAGUACUAGCGCCAUCUGUCGAGCAGUAACAUAUUGACAGGGAGUGCUAAUGCUGGAAAAUCAAAUCUAUAAAUAAUUUUAGCGAUUUAUAAUUCCCAAACGACUUGAACGACUGUGAAAAGUCUCAACCUACAUAAGAGAACCACUUUCAAGUAAACUUGCGCUAAAAAUAAUACGAAAAACAUCAUAAAACACAUCAACACGGGGAGAAAUGAUCAUGAAAAGAUAAGUGCGUUCUGUGAAUAGGGUAUUUUGUUUGCAAGGAGGAAACCCCCUUCAUUGUUCAUCAUUCAUACUUUGAGGAAGAUCACAGAAGGCAAACCCAAAAAAAGAAGGAGAAAUGAAAAGUAACUAGGUAUCAAGAGGAGUUUGGGAAUCAACGGUUCGAACCAACAUUGCAUCGUUUGCAAGUUUUGAGCGGUGAUUCCAAAACAGCAAACCGCAUACGCCGGAGGUUGUAAUUUUCAGUUGGUGCACGUGUAGCGAGCGGUUACUUUUUGUAAGUUCUAUAAUGAGACGAUCGAUUCCUGUAAACCUUCAUUAUUUUGGGCAAUGAUGUCUGUACGGAGGGAUUGGAAAUGUUAGCUAUGCAACAGAUGUUACUGUGGGUACCAUGGGCCUUCUGUCGUAUGACGCAACUCUUUUUUUUUAAUUGUACAAUUUUUCAUAUUGACGCAAGUCUCUCCGACUUUGAGAUUAUAGGCUGCAGAUUCGGUUCUUUUUUUCUUUUCCUGUUUCUUAGGUUCAGGCUAGGUUCAGUCGUAUGUGUUGUUCUGAAGUUAUGAUUGAUAUGAUAUUUUAUUUAUUUAUUUAUUGAAAUCUAUUUAUUUAAUCUAUUACUAAUUUAUUGUCUUUACCGUAAAAUAAGUGAAUCGAACGAUAACCAAAAACUGUGUACAUAAUGUAAAAAGUGGCAGUAAACGAAGUUGUGGAAAUA